UCCUUCUCCAUACUAAGCUGGCGAGUACCUAUUACAUCAUGACCUCUGAGGAGCUUUCCCACCUUCCUAGUUACCACCGCUAGUCGAGAAACAAGCCCAGAAUUCUUUGAAAUUGAAUAUAGCAAUAGCAUUCUUGAAUUUGAGUUGAUUGGAUUGGAAACAUUGGAGGGAUUGGAGGAGGAAGUAGGGGGAGUUUUGGAGAUUUGAGAGGCAGAGAUGGAGGGGACUGGGAGUUUAUAUGAUUGGACUGUAAUUCGAUCCAUUUUGGCUAUAAUUCAAUGGUGGGGCUUCAAUGUCACUGUUAUUAUCAUGAAUAAAUGGAUCUUUCAGAAACUGGAGUUUAAGUUCCCCUUGACGGUGUCAUGUGUACACUUUAUCUGCUCAGCUAUUGGUGCAUACCUGGUAAUCAAGGUGCUAAAACUCAAGCCUCUUAUUGUGGUGGACCCUGAAGAUCGAUGGAGAAGGAUCUUUCCAAUGUCCUUUAUCUUUUGCAUAAACAUUGUGCUGGGAAACGUUAGUUUGCGUUACAUACCGGUUUCUUUUAUGCAAACCAUAAAGUCCUUUACUCCGGCAACAACAGUUUUUCUGCAGUGGCUAGUUUGGAGAAAAUACUUUGACUGGAGAAUAUGGGCAUCAUUAGUUCCCAUUGUUGGAGGAAUUCUUCUUACUUCUAUCACUGAGCUAAGUUUCAAUGUCUUCGGCUUCUUCGCUGCCUUGUUCGGCUGUCUUGCUACCUCUACAAAAACUAUCCUCGCAGAAUCUCUGCUUCAUGGUUACAAAUUUGACAGCAUAAACACAGUAUAUUACAUGGCACCUCUUGCAACAAUGAUCUUGGCUGCACCAGCUCUAGUGCUUGAAGGAUCUGGAGUGGUGGAAUGGUUCCGCACACAUACUGAGCUUGUCUCACCACUAAUUAUUAUCUUUGGCUCUGGAGUGUUAGCGUUCUGCCUCAACUUCUCCAUCUUUUAUGUCAUUCACUCUACAACUGCGGUCACAUUUAAUGUGGCUGGAAAUCUUAAGGUUGCAGUUGCUAUUACAUUUUCGUGGCUCAUCUUUAGGAACCCAAUUUCACUUAUGAAUGCUGUUGGAUGCACGGUGACGUUAGUAGGAUGUACAUUCUAUGGGUAUGUGAGACACAAGCUAUCGCAACAGACCCCAGGAACACCUCGUACACCUCGGACUCCCAGGAACAAAGUCGAGUUGCUUCCUCUCGUUAAUGACAAACUGGAUGACAAAGUUUGAUAUUAGUGGUUGAGCUUUAGUGUCACUGCUUAGUUGGGAGUACAGAUUUAGCAAAUGAAUUCACAAGAAAAAAAAAAAACAUUGCUUCUCUUCUUUGUCUGUAAAAUUCCAUUCAGUUAUCAUAGCCUUUUUGUUUCUUUGAUCUCAUUUCUGAGGAUUAGAUCUAUACAGAUACAUUUGUUUAUUAGAACAAUUAACCUUUUUAUCAGCAAGUACAUGUUCUUAUUGAAUUGAAUUUUAUCGUGCUGUAGAUCAUUUGCUUGUUAAGGAUGGUUGAAAAGUACUUUUGAGGGAGUCCA